UGUCGAUGGUUUCCUCCCGUUGAACCACGUCGAAACAGACAAUCGCAAAGAUGGCAGGCUCUACAGGUUCGGGCGCAUCAGGCCUCAUUGACGUGUGGCACCAGCAUCGUGCCUAUGGUCUCGUCCUUGCGACGGGUCUCGCCUGCGUGGUAUGGCUGCUUGUCGCAAGCAAGCCCGAGCACAACAGGGCAAAGACGGACGCACCCAGCAUAGCCCCGGCAGUCGCCAAAUCUGAAGCUCGCACACAAGAAAAGACCACUAGCCAGACGAACGAUCACUCAAUAACGCCCCCGAAAGUCAAGGAGGCGCAAAAGGAACCAAGGCGCAUCAAGGGCGAGGUCCGAAGAAACAAUGCCAGCCAGAAAGUUUCCACACAGGCCGGUACUUCCCAGCCGACAAAAGUACUGGUGUUCUACUCGUCCUUGACUGCAGGAACUGAGAAAAGGGCCGGAACACUCAUGCAGAUCCUCGAGCCACUGCUAGCAGCGAUCCAGACCGAGAGCCAGUCGACGUUCUUGAAGCCCGAGCUGCUGAACCUCGCCGAGAUUGAUUAUGACGAGUACUUUAUCAGCCCGCCAAAGUCGACCAGUGACGGUGCUGACGACCAGACGCCCGCAAACCACUUUUACCUCUUCUUGCUGCCGAGCUACAAUAUCGACACGAUCAACGACACGUUUAUCGAGCACCUCAAGGAGACACACAAUGACUUCAGGAUAGACACUGCCCCGUUGUCGGGGCUGAUUGGAUACUCUGUAUUCGGCACCGGAGACCGGGAGGGGUGGCCCACUGAAGACGAAGGGUUCUGCUUCCAGGCCAAAGAGGUGGACAAGUGGAUGGCGAAACUCACUGGUCGCAAGCGGGCAUACCCAGUCGGAAUGGCUGAUGCCAAGCAGGACUUCCAAGAGCGCCUGGAAGAAUGGACAGACGGUAUCAAGGGCGUCCUGAAUCUCGUGGCUCGUACUGGCAGUUUGGGAGAGGGAGUUCCGGGGAGUGGUGACGCGAUGGAGAGCGAUGAUGAGGACGAGGUGGACGAAGAUGAUGGAGAAGUCGUUUUCGAAGACGGGUCUGUCCCCUUGCGGACGGCAAAACGAAAAGAUGGAAGCAAUCUGGAAGAUGUUGAAGACCUCGGCCGGAUUAUGAAGUCAAGCCGCAACGUUGCAAAUGGCAACGACCGGGCUCCACUCGCCGUGGACUUUACCACAUACAAGUCUGCCACGGGGAAAACACCAUCAGCUGUCAAGGAGAUGGUUUCCAAAGACUCCCCGACAUACAAAUCGCUCACGAAACAGGGCUACAGCAUCGUUGGAUCGCAUUCUGGCGUCAAGAUCUGUCGCUGGACGAAAUCCGCCCUGCGCGGCCGCGGCUCGUGUUACAAGUACUCAUUCUACGGCAUCAACUCCCACCAGUGUAUGGAGACGACACCAUCUCUAUCAUGCUCCAAUAAGUGUGUCUUCUGCUGGCGGCAUGGCACCAACCCUGUCGGGACAACCUGGCGCUGGAAGGUCGACCCUCCGGAGCUCAUUUUCGACGGCGUAAAGGCUGGCCACUACCAGAAGAUCAAGAUGAUGCGCGGCGUUCCCGGCGUGCGAGCCGAGCGAUUCGCCGAAGCCAUGCGCAUUCGUCAUUGCGCGCUCAGCCUCGUCGGCGAGCCGAUCUUCUACCCUUAUAUCAACGAGUUCCUGUCCAUGCUGCAUGCCGAGCGGAUAUCCUCCUUCCUUGUCUGCAACGCACAGCACCCAGAUCAGCUUGCGGCACUAAAAGCCGUGACGCAGCUGUACGUCUCGAUCGAUGCCAGCAACAAGGAAUCCCUACGAAAGAUCGACCGGCCCUUGCACCGAGACUUCUGGGAGCGUUUCCAGCGAUGCCUCGACAUCCUGCGCGAGAAGCGCUUCAAGCAACGCACCGUCUUUCGUCUCACGCUUGUCAAGGGCUUCAACAUCGACGACGAGGUCGAAGGCUAUGCCGACCUCGUGGAGCGCGGGCUGCCUUGUUUCGUCGAGAUCAAGGGCGUCACGUACUGCGGCACAUCCACCAGCGCUGGGGCCGGACUGAGCAUGGCGAACGUGCCCUUCUACGAGGAAGUCACCGAGUUUGUCGAGGCACUCACGGCGAAGCUGCAGGAGCGCGGGCUCGGUUAUGGCAUCGCUGCCGAGCACGCGCACAGCUGCUGUGUGCUCAUCGCCAGCGACAGAUUCAACGUGGACGGCAAGUGGCACACAAGGAUCGACUACCAGCGCUUCUUUGAGCUCCUCGAGGAGCGCGGCGCGGAUGGCGACUGGACGCCCGAGGAUUACAUGGGCGAAGCCACGCCCGAGUGGGCGACCUGGGGCAAUGGCGGAUUCGAUCCCAGAGAUGAGCGUGUAGACAGGAAGGGCAGGAAAAUAGCAGCUUAGCUUUAGCAGGCGAGAAGAUACAAGAGUGACUUGGAAGAUUGAUACGCCCUCUUCCUCAUGGCACAUUAUCGCGCAGCGG